CUGGUGGUGGACGACGACCCUGUGAACACGAAGCUGGCGAGCGUCUGCUUGAAGAAGUGUGGGCUUCAGAUCACAACGGCGUCAGAUGGGAAGGUGGCGGUGGAGCUGCGGGAGAAGUCUGCGACGCAGGAGGGAGCUGCGAGAUUCGACCUGAUCCUGAUGGACUGCAAGAUGAAGAUGAUGGACGGGGACGUGGCGGCGAAGCUGAUCCGAGAGUUCGAGGGGGGCAGGAAGCUGCCCUCCAUCCCUAUCAUCGCCUUCACCGGUGGGGGGGUCAACGAUAAGGACGACGAGUUCUUCUUCAAGGCCGGCAUGCAGGGAAUGGUACAGAAGCCCCUC